AUGGCUGAUGCAGCUAUGGCAGCCUACGACAGGACUAUGGCCCUCCCGGCAGUUCUAACCCCGGCUCUUGACACCCGUGAAGCUAUUUCUGAUUCACUCCAUCGGUUUAUGCUCGGUAUGGACACCAACGAUGCCGAGCUUUUCAAUUCGGCCUUCACCGAGGACGUGAAAUGGGACCUUCUGGAGGAAGUUCACCUCGCGUGCUUCGAGAAAACCAUCAUCCACCUCGACACCACCCACUACGUCACCAGCGUCCGCAUCAAUGUUGCGCAGAGUGGAACGGAGGCAAGCCUCUCGUGCUUGUACAAUGCGAAGCACUGCCGUCUUGGUACGGGGAUUGACCCGAAAGCGCCUUGGUUUUGGACCGGCGGUACCUAUUACCUUGAGAUGGUCAAGGUCGAGUCUGAGGGAUUGUGGAAGAUCAAGUUCUACAAAAUGAGAACGAUGUGGAUUGAGGGUGACUUCGAGGUGAUGGGUCACGGUCUAUGGACUUGA